CGUCAAACGUCAAAUUUGACUUGCGAACGUAACGAAAGGAAAAAUUCUCGUUUCGCCUCAAUUGUAUAAAUAAUGAUUUGGUGUAUCGCGUCCCUAAUCCUCUCGACUGCUUUAAUCCUGGUUGGUUUUCUGCUGUCCGCUGCAGGAAGCUUGGAAAAACUUAAAGAAAAUUUUGGUAACACAUCGAAAACUACCCGACUCCCCAUAAUUACGCCCGACGGGCAGAUGGUUGACUCUGUCGAGGACCUAGAGCUUUUGAUAGAAGUUUUAGAACACGAAUUCGAAGAAAAAGAGAAGGAAAUUGAGUCCGCGAAAACUAAACAAGAGUCGGCAGCUCAGCGUUUGGAAAAACUGACAGACACUGUUACACAAAUGAAGAAAGGUUUCUUGAAACGAAAAAAGCAAAUAUCCAAAUCCGAAACUGAAUGUACCCAAUUGAAAAGCCAAAUCGAAGAUUACAAGGAACGUAAGAAACGCCUAAGAGAAGAAAUCAAUUCUAACCCGAAGCGCUACGACAAUGCUGUCGAUGAAUAUGAAAUUGUGAAGAACUUUACAGUCACGGACGCUUUGUAGAACUUCCUUAUUGCAUCUAAAAGUUUAAUGAUGGAUUUAAGAGGAGCCUAGCGGUCAAAUUACUUAUAAAUUUAAAUGUAAAAAUAAAAGAUUUACCUCGAAAGAGUCGACU